UUCUCUGUGUACGACAUCACAGUUGUGUUGUGUAACGAGAGCAAAUUCGGACACAACACUGUUUCCGUGUUUGGAAACCUUUCGGCACAACGCCGUUGAACGCACCCCGGUUACUGUGUCGUUUCACCUCGAGAAAACUAGCAAAGAUAUAAAAGUCCUGGAAACACAGAAGCUGCUCUUGGACCCUGGAUCUCCCACAGAAACAGACGGACUCAAUACGAUUGAGACGACUUGUGUGUGGUGACAUGGAGCAUUAUCGUGCUGGAUGCAGUCGUUAUACAGUGAUGAAUUGUGGUCAUAAAGGGAUGCACUGAGCCAUCAGCCAUACUGACUGGAUAACCAUGUGAAUGGGACGUGUGUUCCUAAUAAAGUGUCCGCUGUUCUGGAUCAAGCUGAGAUUACAAGAAUGAUCAUGAUACAAGAGUUUGAGAGUGCAUCAUAGUCCGCGGCCAGAUGCCCUGAUAUUUCUCUGGAUUCAGCUCUGGUCACAUUAAGAUCACUGAUCAUGCCCUGAUCAAUAACCAUUACCUUCAUCUCUAUGUUCUGGUUCUGAUUGUUGCCAGUCAUCUUACUAAUCCUGAACUCAGACCUGGAACUGAAGUCCAUACCACACAUCCACCGAUUUAACUUUAACCCUAUCCUCCGUUCCACUGACCUUGGUGGUGGAAGCCAACACAGCGGCUCGGCUACAGCAAUGGUCGGCUGUCUACCGCGAGGUAGGAGCAUGUCUCAGAGGCUCAGCAUUUUACUUCUUCUCUUUGGCCUGGCCUGGUGCCUGCUGCUUCUGCACUACACCAUUACACAGCCACGGCACCAAAGCAGCGCUGAACUCCGCCAACAGAUCCUGGAACUGAGCCAGCGCUAUGUCAAAGCUCUCAGCACAGAGAACCAGGAGCUCUCACACCCAUAUAACCCCUCAAUGGCUGGAUACGCCGAUCUUAAAAGGACCAUUGCUGUGCUGUUAGAUGACAUCUUGAACCGUUUGGUGAAGCUGGAGAACAGAUUGGAUGCUACAAUGAACACAUCAGUGCACAGCCCUUCCCACAUAACAGGGACUGUCAUGCACAGACCCACUAAACAGAACGAAUCAGGCACAAACGCUCACAGCAAUCAGCCACAGCCUCUGACGUAAUCCAGGCAGCACCACUGACACUGGUCGCACCACUGACACCGAGACCCAUUAUAUGCUUUGUGUGUGUGAGAUUAAAUUUGCAUACACUGUACAGAUCCAAUGUAAUCAGAGAUGUUUUUGUUUGUUUUGUUUCUUUUUAAGAAAGCUUGCCAAAUUCCUUUGGUGUAUCUAUCUGGAGUGCUACUAAGCCCAAAAUGUUCUGAUCUCACGUCUUCUUUUUCUCACUCUUUUCAUGGGAAGCAAGUUGACACUGAUGCACAUUUCUGAACUGCAAUACACAGCCAUUCUAUAAGGAACCUGGUAAGCCAGCUCCUGGGACACUGAAACACAAUUCGUAUUUCACUCAACCCCAAACACAAUAAAUCUGAUCAAAUGUAUUAAAUGGCUAUUGUUUAAGUAAGUAACAGUUUGAUAUCAACAGUCAACAGAUUUGGGAAAGUCAUCAAAGUUUCUACAGCGAAUAGUCAUGAAGAGUCAUGUCUGGCAAAUUAAUUUGUAGUUAGAAUUUGGGAGUGAAAAAUGUCUUCUUCCAACAGCCCUGUUUUUUUAUUUUUUUUUUCAACAAAAACAGUUGAAUUUUAGUGCUUUCCUGCAUCAUAAUGCUGACACAAGAUUGGAUAAUUGCACGAAUCAGAAGGGGCAGCGUUAUUUCUAUUAUAGUGGCCAUUGAGUUUGUCUGUGAAGUAGAAUAAUAAGCACAUGCUAUUACAUAAACAGGAGGAUGUUUCCGGUCUGUCUGUGCACCUUGUUCACUUUAGUUAAUCCUAAUCACACACACUGCUAACCUUGAGCCACUCUGUAAGUGUAGCAUCAAAUAUUGAGCUUUAGGGUUCCCAGUGCUGAAGUGUUCCUCAUGCCACGUGGUUGUCCGCGUAAUAAAACAAGUGCCAUUCAUGAGUCAUU